GAGGAGUGCCUAACUGCCAUCCCUGCAUCAGCAGCCUCUACGAAGCAUCCUGGGAAUUGCUCGCCCUGCGCUCGGAGCGGCCGAUCACGUGAGCCUGAAUUUUCAGUUCAGUUCAUUAGUCAGCCAUUUUGGUCAACACCCUGCCUACUGCGCACAACCAAUCCUAGCAGCACUCGCUGCCCUGGCUUAUCUGGGAAGAAAGGAACCUGCAGCUUGAUCUCAGCAAACCUGGAUAUCCUCCUCUCUCUUCUUCCUUUGUUUUUUCUUUGGGUGGUCGUCAGAGGAAGCCCUUCUUUUUCUUCCUCCUGCUUAUUUUCUUCUGUUUCUAUUUUUUUUCCUGUUUGAUGUGGCAGUCAGGUUUUCUGUGGCUGCUUAGGAUCAAUAGCCUUCAGCAUAUCUGAAGACAACGACAGUGGUGGAAAGGAGGGAGGAAGAGGCGAGCGUGAAGGAGCAGCGUUUUUACCUUGCUUUAUAUAUGAAAAGGCCAAAGCAGUCUGUGCGAUCCUGAGCAUAUCUGUCCUAUACUAGCAAGGUAUUUCUCCUUUUCUUCUUCAGAAAGCUUUUCUUUUUAGUUCUUUUUUUCCCCCCUGUUGUUGUUGUACCAGCUGAGUCAUCAUGUCUGCUCUGACGCCUCAAAGCGACAUGCCAACCCCCACCACAGACAAGAUCACUCAGGCUGCCAUGGAGACCAUCUAUCUUUGCAAAUUCCGAGUGUCGAUGGAUGGAGAAUGGCUCUGCUUGCGCGAGCUGGACGACAUCUCACUGACACCCGACCCAGAGCCUACCCACGAAGACUCUUGGGAGGAUUUGACAGAUGUGGUGGAGCAAUUGCGUGAUGAUACUGAAGAUCCUAAUUAUCUCAUGGCUAAUGAACGCAUGAACCUGAUGAACAUGGCAAAACUGAGUAUCAAGGGGUUGAUCGAAUCUGCACUUAAUCUGGGCAGGACGCUGGACUCUGACUAUGCACCUCUUCAGCAGUUCUUCGUUGUGAUGGAACAUUGCCUUAAACAUGGCUUGAAAGCCAAAAAGACUUUUCUUGGGCAAAAUAAGUCAUUUUGGGGACCUCUAGAACUAGUAGAAAAACUUGUUCCUGAAGCUGCAGAAAUUACAGCAAGUGUUAAGGAUCUCCCAGGUCUGAAGACACCUGUGGGUAGAGGAAGAGCUUGGCUUCGCCUGGCUCUAAUGCAGAAGAAGCUUUCAGAAUACAUGAAAGCCUUGAUUAACAGAAAGGAUCUUCUCAGUGAAUUUUAUGAGCCUAAUGCACUAAUGAUGGAAGAAGAAGGUGCGAUCAUUGCUGGCCUGCUAGUAGGUUUGAAUGUCAUUGAUGCAAACUUCUGCAUGAAAGGAGAAGACCUGGAUUCACAGGUCGGAGUUAUUGAUUUCUCAAUGUAUUUGAAAGAUGGGAACAGCACAAAAGGCAAUGAAGGAGAUGGUCAAAUAACUGCUAUUUUGGACCAGAAGAACUAUGUAGAAGAACUCAACAGACAUUUAAGUGCUACAGUGAACAACCUACAGGCAAAAGUGGAUGCCUUAGAAAAAUCCAACACUAAGCUGACCGAGGAGCUUGCUGUUGCAAACAACAGGAUUAUUACACUGCAGGAAGAGAUGGAGCGGGUUAAAGAAGAAAGUUCUUACAUCUUGGAGUCCAAUCGUAAGGUCACUAAAGACAGAACUGCAGAUGGACAUGCACUGACUGAGGCACGAAAACAGUUAAAGGAAGAGACUCAGCUGCGGCUGGAUGUGGAAAAGGAGCUGGAAGUCCAGAUUGGGAUGAGACAGGAAAUGGAGUUAGCCAUGAAGAUGCUGGAGAAAGAUGUCUGCGAGAAGCAAGAUGCUCUGGUGGCACUCAGACAGCAACUGGAUGAUCUCAGGGCCCUAAAGCAUGAACUAUCUUUCAAGCUGCAGAGUUCAGAUAUGGGAGUGAAACAGAAGAGUGAAUUAAACAGCCGUUUGGAAGAAAAAACAAAUCAGAUGGCUGCUACCAUUAAACAGCUUGAACAAAGUGAAAAGGAUUUGGUGAAACAGGCAAAAACCUUAAAUAGUGCAGCAAACAAACUGAUCCAGAAGCAUCAUUAGACGUUUUUGUCUGGUCACCUCACAGCUCUGACAUCAGAACUCAUUUAUGAGGGAAGAACUUGAGAAUUGCUAAAAAUCAACUGUUAAAAUGUUAAUUGUCAUCUAAAGUUGAUUUGGAAUUUGCUGAGUUUUUAAAAUCAGUGAGUUUUUCUUCAGAGAUUUAGUCGGAUAUAAAAAUCCCCAACUUUGCCAUUUAAACUGUGUUAAAAGUACCAAUGAGUUGGCCAAUAAACACACCAGAAAAGUGUAAGGAAUGUGGCUCUGUACAUCCCGGUGAUGCAUGCCGUAUGCAGCAGCACAAGUCUUCAACAUGUAUGGAUACUAGGUGCGUUGGCCAAGCCAAUGUUGCGUUGGCCAGCUCUGGAAAGUCAACUAGUUUUCUGUGUUUCCCUUUUUGUGAAGUAGAGGAGAAAAUGCAUCCCUGGAAGUUGUUGAAAGUAGUUGUGUGCGUACCCCAAGCCGUUUACCCAUUCACUUCUGUUCUGUGGGUUCAGCCCCAAGUCAAAGACUCGAUAGCUCAUCGCCGUGAAGACCAGCCCUCUCAUAACCAAGACUGCUUGCAACGAUUUUGCCUUAGUGACUUGGUGGGAGGGUAGGGACUUAUCCUUAUUCCUUUAAACUUCAUGUGUCCAGAAUUAGUAGCUAGGUGUCUUAGAGUAACAUGAUAGAGUGGUAAGUUCAGUGAAAAACUCCUUAUCUCUGCAUUGCCUUCUACCUCUGCCAUGAAUCCCUCUAGACGUACCUUGCUGUUCUUCCUUACUGAAGGAAGCUGAGGAGAGGUGUUUUUGAUAGGUCUCUCCUCUCCCUAGAAAGGGACGUUACAUGUUUUACAAAAAAAAAAAAAAAAAAGAAUCUGAUCUUUAUACUCCAGUGUUUGAAACAAACAAAGUAAAAAGAAAAACGUGCAGUGGUGGGGAGUGGAAAUGGUAAUUUGGUACUUGACCACUCCUUGUCUGAGUAGUUAGUGGUUUAAAAGGAAGAGUUGCCUUUUACUGUUACAUUUCUUUCAUUUGCUUCUAAGUUUCUGUUGCUCAAUACAAACAUGGAAUUUGCUAGUGAAGGAACAGCUAAAGCUUGGAAACAUCUCUGGAUAGGAAAAAUAAUUGUCAUUGUAACACCCUAGUGCAAAACUGUAAGCAACUGUACCUUGGACUAUUGUAAAUUAAUAUCCUCUUCUCUGUGGCCACAGAAGUUCAACAUGCUGGCCCUUUACAGCCUUUACCUUAUAAGUGCUCCUAGAGAUGUUUUUCUCUCAAGAAAAUGUUUGGGAGGUUUGAGUCAAAUAAGCUUUUUUUGCUCUGGUGAGAUGGUUGUAAAAAUUCUUUGGUGCCAGUUCCCCCUUUGUGCUGUUAGAUGGAGCUCCGUGGGGCAGCAGGAGGCAGAUGUGACUGAAACACCACUGGGAAAAAAUACCUAUUGACUCUCACUAGGUGCAUUUAAAAAUCUGUGAGGCUCAGCCUAGUCCUUCUAUGCACAAGCGUGUACCACUGCUUAGCUUGUUCAAUGGACUCCCGCACACAAGCAGACUUGGAGACCAGGUCUCAAUCUUUGAGCGAUGCCCAAGUCUCAUGCUUGACAGCAUAAACUUAACCUUCAGUAAUCUUUUACUAGAAAUGCAUUUUAACUACCUGUGGGGGACAAAAAAAUGGUGAAAGCUUUCAUCAAGGUGUAUCCGAGUAGCGAGUUGGAACUAUUAACACCCUGCCUCUCCUCAGAUUUCUUCUUAGGAAUAGGGGAUUGGGCUGGUUUGAUUUGCUGUCACAACAAUGUUAAAAUCAGACAGAAUUACGCAUCUGGCAAUUUCUGAUGUCAGGCCCAAAGCAGAGAUGCUUUGGUGUACUAAUGCCUGGACACUUGAGUCAGUGUGACAGUCUGUGGAAGAAACCAGCAAAAUGCACUAAUUCCAAAUAUAGUAGCUAACCUAUGUUGCAAGUUCCAGUUACGUGCGUAAAGCUGAGAUGUAACAUAGAUUAAAAUCAAAUUUGACUUAAAAUUCUGUGUACUUGAGGUUUGCUUUGAAUCUGGAUAAAAGUGAUGUUUUAUGUUUUUCAUCUAAUGGCUGUAAACUGUAGUAAUAGAAUAAAAAAAAAAUUGAAAAUGA